CAUAAAUAAAUAACAAAGAGAUUCGUUCCUUCGUAAAUGUUCUAUUUAUAAUACAAAAAGAGAUAUGGUAGGUGAAAAGAGUUUGUUUUGUGGUGCAUGCUCAAAUUGGUGUAUUCAACUUGAAAUAACAGAGGAACGGGAAGCUUUGGAUAAAGUAAAAAUGAAAAGAUGCGUAUUUCCUAACCCAGGAUUUGUAUCCCAAUUGCAAAGCUACAGAGAUAUGGGAUACACCACUAUUAGAAGAUAUGAUCCCAGACUGGCACGAUACAUGAUGAGAUAAACUGAUCGUCAUUAUUACAAUUCUCUUUGUAUCAUGAUUCACAUAUCACUUAAAAAUAUUCACAAUUAAUGGUAAUAAUUAAUAUACAGGGUAGGUACAAACAUAAAAAUAAGUAAGAUCAAAUAAUUGUGAUAUUGUUGUCUACGUAAUGUAUGAAAACACAAUGUUGAAUAAAAUUUUCAGUACAUUUUAA